AUGAAGAUACAACUUUUUGUACCUUCAAUUAUUUUAAUAAGUGGAAAUGAAUGUAUUUUAAAAGAUAAUCUUGCAAAGACUUAAAUACUAAAAAAUAAUGUAAUAAUACAGACAAUAAGGCUUUAUAAUGUUACUGGAACAACUCUUGUUUCAAUAAUAUAUAGUAAUCUUGUUAUUUAUUCUUGA